GGGCCGGGGCCUGCGGGCCGGGCGGGGCGGCUGGCUUGGAGCCGGAGCGGCUCGCUGCUGCGGCGGAAGAUGGCUGCGGCUGAGGCGGCGGACACUCAGCUGAUGCUCGGAGUCGGGCUGAUCGAAAAGGACACAAAUGGAGAAGUUCUAUGGGUGUGGUGUUAUCCUUCCACGACAGCCGCACUAAGAAAUCUGCUGCUGAGAAAAUGCUGCCUUAUGGAUGAAAACAAACUUCUCCAUCCCUUUGUCUUUGGUCAGUACAGAAGGACAUGGUUUUAUAUCACAACAAUUGAAGUUCCAGAUUCUUCAGUUUUGAAAAAGGUGACUCAUUUUUCUAUUGUUCUGACCGCCAAAGAUUUUAACCCAGAGAAAUAUGCCGCCUUCACUAGGAUAUUGUGUAGAAUAUAUCUGAAACAUGGGAGCCCAGUUAAAAUGAUGGAGAGUUACAUUGCAGUUCUCACAAAGGGGAUAUGUCAGAGUGAAGAAAAUGGCUCUUUCCUUAGCAAGGACUUUGAUGCCCGAAAGGCAUAUCUUGCUGGCUCUAUCAAAGGUGUUUGCUAGCAUUUUGGAGGCUUGGCCUUACCUGUGUCUCUGAUUAGCUGCAUGACCCUACUCUCUUCAUUUCCUCUUUGGGAAGAAAAGGGGCAGGCUGAGUCUUCACAGGGUGGACCAACAGCCACUUGAUUCUUGCCUUGAUUCCCCAGGACUCUGCCUGCCCUGGUGUGGCAUCGACAGGACUGGACCAUUCUUCAUUCCAAUGUGCACCUCAGCGCAGACGAGUUGGAAGCCCUGCAGAUGUGCACAGGUUAUAUCGCUGGGUUUGUAGACUUGGAGGUAAGCAACAGACCAGACCUCUACGAUGUGUUUGUGAAUCUCGCAGAUAGUGAAAUUACGAUUGCUCCACUUGCAAAAGAGGCCAUGACAAUGGGCAAAUUGCACAAAGAAAUUGGUCAGCUAAUUGUUCAGUCUGGAGAAGAUCCGGAGAAAUCAGACAGCCAGGUUAUACAGGAUAUUGCCCUAAAAACCAGAGAAAUCUUAGCCAACCUAGCACUGUUUUCAGAAGUUUCAGAUGAUGGAGAAAAGCGAGUCCUCAACUUGGAGGCACUAAAGCAGAAACGAUUUCCACCAGCAACAGAAAACUUCCUUUAUCAUCUAGCAGUAGCCGAACAAAUGCUGAAAAUCUGACUCUGCCAGAAUGUGUUCUUGAUGACUGAUAGAAAACCCUUUCACUCUAUCCAUUAACUGUAAAAUACUGAAAGUAACAGAAAAACGUUAUAUUUUUAAUGAUUUGACCUUAAAAACGUUGAAGCACAUGAAAACGCUUCCUCUGAUUUUCUCCUAGCUGAUGAGAGUUUCCUGCCCACUGUCGGUGUUGGACAAAAUGCUGUAACUACAAUGUAUAACAUUACAAAAUGGCCCAAUGUCCUGGAAUAAGAAAAAAAGCUGCGAAGUUCUUGUGCAAAUCGCCAUGAAUGCGAAAGCCUUCCUUAUUAUUAAGUUCCGGUUUGUCUCAUGGUGUAGCCAUCAGCUAAUGGUUUACUUUCCGAAAGCUGCCUGAAAUUUUGCUUUGUAUUCUUCUAGGAAGAACUUUAAUUCCUCCUGAGGAACUCUACUUUCUGAGCCAAACUACUAAGUUUUCUGCAGAAGUAUCUAAGAUCAGUCAAAAGAUCUUGUAAUUUGCACUUUCAUAAAAAAGUUUUUUCCUGGCCUUUGAACAUUGUGCCUAUAUUGUGCACAGAUUUUAUACUUCAGUAGACUGCUGUAUCAUAUUUAUACUGUUGCAGAAGCAAACAUGUGGCAAACUUAAGCCAAUUAGUACUCCUUAGUUAACCCAGUUGCUAAUAAUAUUCUUUGAAAAAAAAAAAAAAAGCCAGUCCUUACAUGGUAAAAUGGGAAGCCCAGUUUGAAUAUAAAUGUCUGUAGGACUAAAACAGUGACGUUAUGGUAAGGGAGUAUGAGAGUUAACUUCUUACAGGGGCCAAAACCAGAAAAUGUCUUCAGACAACUUUGGUGAAGCAAUGUGGUCACUUCUUUUCAGUUACUACCUUUUUCAUAAUUGGAGACCUUAAAAUUGCCAAAUAA